AUGGUGGCGGUGCGGCAGCGGCGGCGGCGCUGGGGGGUGCCGGUGCUGCUGGCGGCUUACGUGGGCUAUGUGGGGCUGGGCGCCGCCGUGCUGCAGGCGCUGGAGCGGCCGGUCGAGGUGCAGGCGGCCCAGCAUCUCCAGCAGCAGCACUUGGAGCUGCUGGCCAACCACACCUGCCUGCGGGGACCCGCCCUGCAGCGGCUCAUCGAGGGUAUCAUCCAAGCCUACAAGAGUGGCAUAACCCUCCAGGGAAACACCACAAGCCUGGGCAGGUGGGAYUACAGUGGGUCUUUCUUCUUCUCCAUCUCUGCAAUAACAACCAUUGGCUAUGGGAACCUGAGCCCUAGUACUGCGGUUGGUCGAAUCUUCUGCAUCAUCUUUGCACUUUUUGGGAUCCCGUUGAACCUUGUACUCCUGAAUGAAAUUGGGCAGCUGAUGCUGCUCGGGGUUCAGCAUUGUGCCCAUCGCCUCGAGGAGGUGUUUCACUGGCAGAAUAAAGCUUCGUUCCUGAUGAAGACCUGUGCACUGGUAACUGGCUUGUUAUUGUUCCUCCUGCUGCCUCCCUUGUUAUUCUCAGACAAAGAAGGCUGGUCUUAUGAAGAAGGCUUCUACUAUUCCUUCAUCACCCUCAGCACGAUAGGGUUUGGAGACUAUGUGAUUGGGAUGAACCCAGAUCGCACCUAUCCAGGCUGGUACAAGAAUGUAAUCUCCCUGUGGAUCCUCUUUGGGAUGGCCUGGCUGGCGCUGGUUAUCAAAUUUUGCAUCCACCUUCUAGAGAGCUCCAGUGACUUCUGUCAAUGCAACAAGAAGAGCACAGAGAUGGCAGAAGACUUAAUGGAUGGUAACAAAAAUAAUAUGAAUGGACUUCACAACGUGGAGAUCUGCAGUGACAAAGACACAAAAACAAAAGGACCGGUUGAGUCUCACACCUACACAGCUCCUGCAGAAACCCUCAAGGGAAGAAAAAUACCCUCGGUGUCCUGUAGGUUUUAGWGCACCAGAGACAAACCAUUUAGAAAUGUGUGAGUGGAGCUGCCUGGACCUGUGAAUGGGGUGAAAGUUUGCUUUUUGAUCUUGAAAUGCUUCUGUUCUGAAUUGAGCAAUGACAACAGAAUGUUUCAUUUGCAGCAUCACCAAGAAUUACCAACAGGACUCUUAGCCAAAAGUAGAUUUAUGGAAAUGUUACCUGCCUCCCACCUCUGUAUAUGAGGUAAACUUUGACAUCCA